UAUGACAUACAGAUAGAGGGAGGUCUGGUGUGAAGUGAACGAGGCAGCCUGAGAGCAGGUCCCUUCCCGGGGAAACCACGAGUCCCCUGGCACAGGCAGCUCUCCCUACUUUCCGGAGGGAUUUCUUUUGUGUGACUUGGAGAGGGGCUCGUGAAUGAUUGCUAAACGUGUGGCUCGCUCAGGCAAGCCGCGCAGGGAGGGAGUGACCCCGCCGAGUGCGGGCAGAGCCGGCGAACGCAGACCGCGCAGUGCUGGAAUUGGCUCCACUCUGGCAGUUUUUGAAGUCAGCAGAACAGAAAUCAAAUUACUCUCCUGUUAUGCCGGUUGAGGCUCAAGAAGAAGGGACUCUACACUGGCUUAAUUACCGUGGGAGAUGCAGCAAGUCCCAGAACAGCAAAGUAUGUCUAACGUGUGGACCCUGAAGACAAAUGAUCGCAUUUUUCUCCCCGAAUGCUCCAAACUCUGGAACCUCUGUUAAAAAGUUCAUCCUGCUUUUCUGACCUUGCUUUGAAGGGGAAAAAAAAAAAAUGAAACCAAACAAGACUCCACGAACCCCGUGAAGGAAGGAGAUACAAAAAGCCACUGCAGUUCAGCUCCCAUUGUAAUCAUGAGAGAAAAAAGGCGACCCAAGGAGCCCAGCAUGUACGCCGGCUUCAGUGUGACAGAGCGUGGGGACAUAACGAUGUAUGGCGAGCUGAGGCUCUAGCUUGGUAGUUUUUCUUUACUUCAUCUGCUACAAAUUCCGGCUUAGAAAUGGAUAUUCUUUUUGAGGAAAAUGCUUCAUUGAGCCCAACAACAAACUCCUUAAUGCAAUCAAAUGAGGACCCAACGCUCUACAUCAAUGACUUUAACUCCGCAGAAGCUAACACUUCAGAUGCAUUUAACUGGACAGUGGACUCGGAAAAUCGAACCAACCUUUCCUGUGAGGGCUGUCUCUCACCACCAUGCUUCUCCUUACUUCAUCUCCAGGAAAAAAACUGGUCUGCUUUGUUGACAGCUGUAGUGAUUAUUCUAACCAUUGCUGGGAACAUACUCGUCAUCAUGGCAGUGUCCCUAGAGAAAAAGCUGCAGAACGCCACCAACUAUUUCCUGAUGUCACUUGCCAUAGCUGAUAUGCUGCUGGGUUUCCUUGUCAUGCCCGUGUCCAUGCUAACCAUCCUGUAUGGUUACCGGUGGCCUCUGCCUAGCAAGCUCUGUGCUGUCUGGAUUUACCUGGACGUGCUCUUCUCCACGGCUUCCAUCAUGCACCUCUGUGCGAUCUCACUAGACCGCUACGUUGCCAUCCAGAACCCCAUCCAUCACAGCCGGUUCAACUCCAGAACCAAGGCCUUUCUGAAAAUAAUUGCUGUUUGGACCAUAUCAGUGGGUAUCUCUAUGCCAAUACCAGUCUUCGGGCUACAGGAUGAUUCCAAGGUCUUUAAGGAAGGGAGCUGCUUACUUGCGGAUGACAACUUUGUCCUGAUCGGCUCUUUCGUGUCAUUCUUCAUUCCCUUAACCAUCAUGGUGAUCACCUACUUUCUAACUAUCAAGUCACUCCAGAAAGAAGCUACUCUGUGUGUGAGUGAUCUUGGCACACGGGCCAAACUAUCGUCUUUCAGCUUCCUCCCUCAGAGUUCCCUGUCUUCAGAAAAGCUCUUCCAGCGAUCCAUCCACAGGGAGCCAGGGUCCUAUGGCAGGAGGACUAUGCAGUCCAUCAGCAACGAGCAAAAAGCUUGCAAGGUGCUGGGCAUCGUCUUCUUUCUGUUUGUGGUGAUGUGGUGCCCAUUCUUCAUCACGAACAUAAUGGCCGUCAUCUGCAAAGAGUCCUGCGACGAGAACAUCAUCGGAGCCCUCCUCAACGUGUUUGUUUGGAUCGGUUACCUCUCCUCGGCGGUCAACCCACUCGUGUACACACUGUUCAACAAGACCUACAGGUCAGCCUUUUCCCGGUACAUUCAGUGUCAGUACAAGGAAAAUAAAAAACCAUUGCAGUUAAUUUUAGUGAACACUAUACCGGCCUUGGCCUACAAAUCUAGUCAGCUCCAAACAGGACAAAAAAAGAAUUCCAAGAAAGAUGCCAAGAGCACAGAUAAUGACUACAGUAUGGUUGCUCUAGGGAAACAGCACUCAGAAGAUGCUCCUACAGACAAUAUUAACACAGUGAAUGAAAAGGUUAGCUGUGUGUGAGAGACUGGUUGCCAUAGCAACCAUGGAGGGCACAUUAGGCAAAUUUUCACCUAUUCUGGGGGGGAAAAAAAAAAAAGAAAGAAAAUAGGGAGACUGGAAAAAAAAUCAGGCCAGUCUAGUAGAACCAACAAUAAUAUUUAUAUGCCUCAUUUUAUUCUGUCAAUGAAAAAAAAAAGCAGGGUUAAAUGACACAAAAUGUGCACUUCAAAAAUGUUCUGACAGCAUUUCAGCUGUGAGCUUUAUGAUACUUAUUUUUAACAUUGUAAAUGAUUUGUCUUUAAAAUAAUUAGCUUUUAUUGUAUAAUUAUACUGAGGCCAUAAAUAAGUCUAAAUUACCUUCUAUUUCAAGUGGAAAUCUUACUACUCUGUUGUUAAUUCACGGCAUGAGUUGGUUACCUAUUGCUGUAAAUAACAAUAGCUAUAACUAGUGAAAAUUGGUUAAAUAUAAUAUAAUGACCUCUUAAAGAAAAAUCUUCUUUAAAACUCACUAUGUUACAUAUUUUGAACAACAACAAAAAAAGACACUAAGGACAGUGUUACAAAAUCUGUAUUGCUAAGAUAAUUAAAUGAAAUACUUGACGACUUUCUCAGAUGUCAUUUGGAAAUAUUCACAAAGUUGCUGGCAUUUGCUGCAUUUCAAGCUAAUUCUUCUCAGAAGUGAAAAAGUUUUAAAAUGUUAUUUAAUAACUACUGCUGCUUUCUCUUCUACUAUUUGUGCUUUAUUCCGAAUCUCCGAUGUGGUCUUGUGUAGUAUCUGUUCUACUAGGUAAACUAUCAAAAGGAUAAUUUAACAUUACCAAAUACGUUUCUAGAAACUGCUUCUCCUGAACAGCACCAUAGCAGUGUUUGGUAACUCGCUCUUUGAUGACCGCACCGUGCAUGCGCUCUUCUGAGCAGUAAGCAGUAUUGAUGUAACUGUGUCAAGAUUGAGGAAUAAACUCAGGUUUUUGGCUACUGACAGCAGCAGAACCUUAGGACGUCUCUGUAAAAUGCAGGUGGCUUUCCUCUUGGCACCCAUCAGGUAAAUUGAUGUUUUCAGAUCAAUCAAUCCAUAUUCUUUACCAAAACUGUUCAGCUUUGGUCUCAUAAUCAUCUACUGGGUCUAUACUGUCUGUGAAGAAAUGUCCCAGGUACUGAGGAUAUAAAAAGAAUUAAAACAGUUUUCCUGCCUUUGAAGAAAAUGACCUAACUGGAAUGGUCCUUGUCAGAAAUAUUGAUUAACAGACAUUUUGAGAAUUGGUUCAAACUGUUCUCUUCUUACUUCGUUCUGAAGGAGGCUUGUUUUGACUCUGAGGGUAGUUUUCUCAAUAAGUUUCCCGACUGGUUGCCAAUAAAUACCCACCAAAUGAGCGAGGGAGGGGAUACAAUAGGAGGUCAAAAUUUGCAGUUAGUUUAGAAACACACCACAACCUGGACCCAACCUGCCACUACCGAAGAUUCAAGGAAAAUUUCUGGUUUUUUGUUUUGUUUUUUAAAGAUUUUAUUUAUUUAUUUGAUAGAGAGAGAUCACAAGUAGAUGG